AUGGCGACAUCAUCGAAUGCUGAAUAUGAACGUUUAUGUGAAGAUGAAGCUCGUAAAGCUAAUUGGAAACGUUGGGGUCCAUAUUUAGCUGAACGACAAUGGGGUACUGUUCGUGAAGAUUAUUCUGAAGAUGGUGAUUGUUGGAACUAUUUUUCUCAUGAUCAGUCACGAUCACGUGCUUAUCGUUGGGGUGAAGAUGGUCUUUUAGGUUUUACAGAUCGUGAAUGUCGUUUAUGUUUUGCAUUAUCAUUAUGGAAUGAAAAAGAUCCUAUACUUAAAGAACGUCUAUUUGGAUUAACUGGACCUGAAGGAAAUCAUGGAGAAGAUGUAAAAGAACUUUAUUAUUAUCUUGAUUCAACUCCAACACAUUCUUAUUUUAAAAGUCUUUAUAAAUAUCCUCAAAAUGAAUAUCCAUAUAAACAAUUAAUUGAAGAAAAUCGUCAUCGUUCAAAACAUGAAUCUGAAUAUGAACUUCUUGAUACAAAAAUUUUUGAUAAUAAUGAAUAUUUUGAUAUAUUUACUGAAUAUGCUAAAAAUUCUCCGAAUGAUAUUCUUAUACGUAUUACAAUUGAAAAUCGUUCAUUAAAUGAUGCACCUCUACAUAUAAUUCCAACAUUAUUUUUUCGUAAUACAUGGUCAUGGGGUUGUAAACAUGAAGGUUGUACAAUGCGUCCUAAAAUUGAACAAAAACAAGGAGAAAAUUUUCUACGUACAAAACAUGAUACACUUGAACCAUUUCUAUUCGAUAUUAAUCCUGAUGAAUAUGGUCAAAUGCCUGAAAUACUUUUUACAGAAAAUGAAACAAAUUUUAAACGUUUAUAUAAUAUAGAUAAUUAUUCACCAUAUGUUAAAGAUGCAUUUCAUGAAUAUAUAAUAAAUAAAGAAAAAAAUCUUGUUAAUUCAAAACAACAUGGAACAAAAGUUGGUUUAUAUUAUUAUUUUAAUAUAAAAGCAAAAUCAUCAAUAAAAAUUCAUCUUCGUUUAUAUCAAUUAUUAGAUAAUGAACAAAUUUUAAAUAAACUUAAUUUUAAUGAUAUUGAUCAAAUAUUUGAAAAACGUAUUAAUGAAACAGAAGAAUUUUAUUCAUUAAUAAUUAAUUCAAAAUUAAAUCAAGAUGAAAAAAAUAUUGUUCGACAAGCUUAUGCUGGUCUUUUACAUACAAAACAAUUUUAUCAUUAUAUUAUUGAAGAUUGGAUUGAAGGUGAUCCUGACAUAAGUCAUCCAUCAGAAACACGAAAAAGAAAUGCUCGAAAUAAAGAUUGGUUGCAUUUAUAUUGUCGAGAUGUUUUAUCAAUGCCUGAUAAAUGGGAAUAUCCAUGGUUUGCUAGUUGGGAUUUAGCAUUUCAUGUUAUACCAUUUGCACGUAUUGAUCCACGUUUUGCUAAAGAUCAAAUAAGAUUACUUUUACGUGAAUGGUAUAUGCAUCCAAAUGGCCAAAUUCCAGCAUAUGAAUUUAAUUUUUGUGAUGUUAAUCCACCUGUUAGUGCUUGGGCAGCAUGGCGAAUAUAUAAAAUAUCUACAAAUAAAAAUGAAGAACAUGAUCGAAAAUUUCUUGAAAGUGUAUUUGUUAAAUUAAUAAUCAAUUUUACUUGGUGGGUUAAUCGUAAAGAUCCAAAAAAUUUAAAUUUAUUUUCUGGUGGUUUUCUUGGUCUUGAUAAUAUUGGUGUAUUUGAUCGUUCAGUUGAAUUACCUGAUGGUGGUACAAUGCAUCAAUCUGAUGCUACAGCAUGGAUGUGUUUUUAUUCAUUAAUAAUGUUUACUAUAUCAAUUGAAUUAGCUAGUGGUAUUAAUAAUCAACCUGUUAUUGAAGCAUAUGAAGAUAUGGCAUCAAAAUUUUUUGAACAUUUUGUUCAAAUUGUUGAUGCAAUGAAUGUUCAUGGUGGAACAGGUUUAUGGGAUGAUGAUGAUGGAUUUUAUUAUGAUCAAGUUAAAUGUGGUAAAACAGAUAAAAUUACAAAAUUAAAGACACGUUCAUUAGUUGGUGUUAUACCUUUAAUUGCUAUAUCUGUUAUUGAAAUGAAAAAAAUACAUCAUUUAAAAGGUUUUCAAAAACGAUUAAAUUGGUUUUUACAAUAUAAAACUCAUCUUCGACAACAUAUAAUUCAAUGUAAAUCAAAUGAUAAUAAUUCUAUUGUACUUUCAAUUCCAUCAGAAAUUCGUCUUCGUCGUAUGUUAACAUAUAUACUUGAUGAAGAUGAAUUUCUUUCUGAAUAUGGUAUACGUUCAUUAUCAAAAUAUCAUGAAAAACAUCCAUAUAUAUUUGAUCCAGGUAGUGAACAUGAACAAUGUGUAAGUUAUUCACCAGGUGAAUCAACAACGAAUAUGUUUGGUGGAAAUUCAAAUUGGCGUGGACCAAUAUGGUUAUGUAUUAAUUAUUUAAUUAUUGAAGCACUUCAACGUUAUUAUUAUGCAUAUGGUGAUAAUUGGAAAAUAGAAUGUCCAACACGAAGUGGAAAAAUGAUGAAUUUACAUGAAGUAUCACAAGAAAUUUCAAGACGUUUAGUAAAAAUUUUUUUACUUGAUGAAAAUGGAAAACGACCAUUGAAUGGUGAUGAAAUAAUUUAUGUAAAAGAUCCAUAUUUUCAUGAUCUUGUUCUUUUUUAUGAAUAUUUUCAUGGUGAUACAGGACGUGGAAUAGGUGCUAGUCAUCAAACAGGUUGGACAGCAUUGAUUAUUCAACAUAUUGAAGAUCUUGCUAAAUUACGUAAAGAUUAA